AUGCCUCCCAAGAGAAAGUUUGCUGACGUCGAGCCCGAACCGACAGCCGUUCCUCCUGCGCUGCCUCCCUCCGUCGAAGAGGCUUAUCGCCGCAAGUGCGUGCAGCUGAAGAACCGCACAAACGAGGUCGAGGAUGCCAACGACGCUGCCAGAUUGCGUCUCGCGCGCAUAAAACGCCAGGUUGAGAAGUUGAGGAUAGAACGGGCCUUUUUGCUCGAACAACUCGCCAAGCGCACCAGCACCAACGUCGAAGAUUCUGAGGGUAGCCCGAGCCCACCACCAACUCCCAAGGACAAGCCGCUACGCAUCAAGCGUGGCCAUCGAAAAUCUGCCCUCAUUGACCUCGACUCCAAAGCCACCCCUAACAGCUCCUUCAAAGGACCGGCGUCGCCCUCACAGUCUCAGGUCAAGCGAGGCUGCGCCUACCCCGACGGAACCCCUACCAAUGGUGUCAGCAAGCCAUCCAAGAACCCCAAGAGCGCAUUCGAGCUCUAUUGCGAGGACGCCCGACCCAUCCUCGAAGCCAAGAGUAAAGAUGAAGCUGGCGAUGGCGAUGGCGAUGGCGAUGGCGAUGGCGAUGGCGAUGGCGACGGCGAUGGCGAUGGUGAUGGUGAUGGCGAUGGCGAUGGCGGCGCAAACAUUGACGAAGAGCUCACCCGAGCAUGGGACGACCUUCCAGACGCGGAGAAGGAAGAAUAUGAGACCAAGUUUGAAGACUUGUCCAAGAAGUCGGACGACAAGGACGAUGAGGAGGAGGACAAGGACGCAACCGAAGACACGCCGGAAAAGGAAGAAAAAGGCGGAGAUGCCGACAAGCCCGAAAAUCAGGACGAAGAUGUCGAAAUGACCAAUUAUGACACGGAGGACCAGGAUCAGGACCAGGACCAGGACCAGGACCAAGACGCAGACCAGGACGGGGAGACACAGAUGGAUAAUGACGGAGAUGAUUAG